UCACGAUCAAAAUGCACAGUACAAAAAAAAUCUAUUAGAAAGAAGCUCGUUUCUAUCUCUUCAUAACUUCAAAUAAACACAAAAGCAGUUUCUUCUUUGUAUCAGUAGUUUAUUACAAUUAUUUAAACAGGCAAGUCUAUGAUCAUGGCUUCUUCUGCUGCUGCUGCAUCGAUCUCUAUGAUAACUCUAAGGAACCUCUCUCGCAAUCAUCAAUCUCACCAGACCCCUCUUUUGGGUUUCUCCAGAUCCUUCCAUAACCUAAGGAUCCCAUCUAACGGUCCAGAUUUCUUAGCACGAUCAAGAAGAUCCACCACCUCUUACACUCGAGGUUUCUUCAGAACCUUGUGCAGCAGCAGCACCGAAAACUCCAGACCAACGAAAAUCCAAGAACUCAACGUGUACGAGUUCAACGAAGGCGAUCGAAACAGCCCGGCGGUUCUAAAACUGGGCAAAAAUCCACAGCAGCUUCUCGUUCCUUUCACAAACAAACUCUACACCGGCGAUCUCAAGAAACGCGUCGGAAUCACCGCGGGACUCUGCGUUUUGAUCCAACACGUUCCAGAGAAGAAAGGUGAUCGCUUUGAAGCUUCUUACAGCUUCUACUUCGGCGAUUACGGUCACAUUUCCGUUCAGGGACCGUAUCUGACUUACGAGGACACGUUUCUCGCAAUCACCGGAGGCUCCGGCGUCUUCGAAGGAGCGUACGGACAGGUCAAGCUUCGUCAGCUCGUGUAUCCGACGAAGCUGUUCUACACUUUUUACUUGAAAGGUGUUGCCGCUGAUUUGCCGGUGGAGCUCACCGGAAAACCUGUUGAGCCGUCGAAAGAUGUGAAGCCGGCGGCAGAAGCUCAGGCGGCUCAGCCCGGCGCCACAAUUCAAAACUUUACUGAUUAAAAUCACUCUGUGUGUGUCUCUCUCUCUGUUUAUUUCUUUUGAAUUUUGAUACUUUUGAUAAGUCGUUUGAUUGUGAGACAUUUGAAUGGGCCCUAAUUUUGGGGCCUUUGUUAAUGAGCCCUACUGUUGGGCCUUUGUUGAUGUGCA